AUGCUAUUCAACAUCCCACACUGCAAAUCACAAGCUCCUGUAACCGCCGCCGCCGCCGUCGCAGCUAUCUCCAGCCCCCGCUUCUCCUCCGCGUCACUGCCCCUGCCCCUGCCGGCGCUGGUUCCGCCGCCGCCUCCAACUCCGCUGCCUGAGGAGAGCCCGUUCACCGCGCUGCUCGCCUCUGAUCCCGCGCCGCCUGAGCCUCUCCGCCAGGUGCUCGCCACGGGCGACGUCCACGCCGCGCUCCGCGGCCUCCCGGGCCUCGCGCGCCAGCUGUUCCGGUGGGCGGAGGCCACCCCGCGCGGCUUCCCCCGCUCCGCCUCCGCGUUCGCCGCCGUCCUCGUCCCGCUCGCCCACGCCAACCACAUCCGGGCCGCCUACCCCGUCUCGCUCCGCGCCCUGCACCUCGGCCUCCUCCUCCCUGUCCUGUCGCUCCUCCUCGCCGCUCCUCUAUCUCCCGCCCUGCGCUCCCUAUUGAGCCUCCUCCUACGCCUGUCCGCCAAGUUCUCGACGGAACGCGAGGCUCGUGACGCCACGCCCGCCGCCUGUUCGACGCUGUGCCUCGCCGCCUUUCGCGUGGUGGCGGGCCACGGCGUGGCCCCAGAUGUCAGGGACUGCAACCGCGUGCUGCGCGUGCUCCGUGACGCGGCCAGGUGGGACGACGUCCGUGCUGUAUACGGAGAGAUGCUCCAGCUCGGGAUUGAGCCGACCAUUGUCACAUACAACACUUUGCUGGAUUCUUUCCUGAAGGAGGGGAGGAAGGACGAGGCUUCCAUGCUGCUCAAGGAGAUGGAAACCCAGGGGGGUGGUUGCUUGCUGAAUGAUGUCACGUACAAUGUGGUGAUUAGUUUCUUGGCCAGAGAAGGUCAUCUGGAGGACGCGGCGAAGCUGGUUGACAGCAUGCGGCUGUCAAAGAAAGCCUCAUCCUUUACCUAUAACCCACUUAUCACUGCGUUGCUUGAAAGGGGUUUUGUACAAAAGGUUGAAGCUUUGCAGAUGGAGAUGGAGAAUGAGGGCAUUAUGCCUACAGUGGUGACAUACAAUGCCAUCAUUCAUGGGCUGCUUAAAAGUGAGCAGGUAGAGGCUGCGCAGCUGAAAUUUGCGGAAAUGAGAGCAAUGGGCUUACUGCCAGACCUGAUCACGUACAAUUCUUUGCUAAAUGGAUAUUGUAAGGCAGGUAACUUGAAGGAGGCUCAUUGGUUGCUUGGCGAUUUGAGGCGUGCAGGUUUAGCGCCAACAGUUUUGACAUAUAACACUCUUAUAGAUGGUUAUUGUAGAUUAGGUGAUUUAGAGGAAGCUAGGAGAUUGAAAGAGGAAAUGGUAGAGCAGGGGUGUUUUCCUGAUGUUUGUACAUAUACAAUUCUCAUGAAUGGUUCACAUAAGGUGAGGAACCUUCCUAUGGCAAGAGAGUUCUUUGAUGAGAUGCUGAGCAAAGGUUUGCAGCCAGAUUGCUUUGCCUAUAACACAAGGAUCUGUGCGAGCUAA